GAGCAGAGAGGUGGGGUUUUGUGAGGCAAUUUGGGGGGACACUCAGAGACUGAGCUCGGAGUGAACUAGUAAACUGCAAAUUUGCAGGUGUGCAGUUAUAUUUUUUUCAUGGACUUUACCUCUUUGUGGCUCCACAGAGGACAUUUAAAUAAUUGAAUUUAUUCUCAUUUUUAUCUCUAAUAUAUUUAUAGUCUUCACUGAUUUAUUCAGAAAUUACCCCUUGUCUUUUUCUGCAGGUGCAGCAGAGCCUCCUGUGUGCACGUGUGUGCACGUGUGUGUCCAUGCAGGUAAAAAGAUAGCAUUAGGUAUCUACCUGACUGUGUCUGCGUGUGUGUGUGGGUGUGAAGGGGACCAUGGCAGGCUUUGGGAAUAGUUUGAUGCUGAAACGUGGCCUGACCUUUGUCACGGGCCUGUUGGAGUGUCUGUGUUUUGCUGGAGCCGUGUUUGGGUGGGCAUCGCUUGUAUUUGUCCUGAAGAGUGAGGGCUACUUCAGCUCUCUCUGUGUCAACGUCACUCAAGUCAAUGGAACGCAGGUCCUAGGUCAGUUUGAAAUCCAUAUACCCAACACUUUAACAUUACCUCUGUCUGUAUAAUUUAUUCAAUAAUUGUAGAUGUUAAGUGUGGUUUACUUUACCUUUUUCUUGAACUUGGUUCUUCUUUUUCUACUUGUGUCCUUUAGAUUGCAGUGGGCAGGAUGAGCAGUUUUCACUCGUUUUCACCAUUGCCUCCUUUAUGAACAAUUUCCUGACGCUGCCCAAUGGCUUCCUCUUUGACCGCUUUGGUACCACUGUGGCUCGUGUUUUUGGAAUGUGAGUAAGACAACCUCUUAGUUACUAAAAAGUAGGUGGUGAGUGGAAAUGAUGCAUCUUCUGUGUAACUUUUAACAAAGAACUAUGCAACAAAAAAACCACUGACAGAUAAAACAUAGACAACAGCUGUUAAAGGGCAAAUAACAACAACAACAACAAAAAAACAGUUGAAUGUCCUGAUUUGCUGUUUUGCAUAUUUACGACUUAGAGGUUGGAUGGUUUUGUGAGGGUUAGGUCAUUUAUGCACUUUUAUGCACUCUUGUCUGUCAUUUACCGACUGAAAAGUUGUUUAAAGUUUUCUGAAAGGUUAUAGAGACCAAACAGUUCAUGAAACAACUAUAACUUUUAACAACAGUUCACUCAGUGCAACAACAGUAAGCGCUGAGCUCCCUGUAACAUCAAUUAUCUUCUGCUAACUUAUCCAGCGUAGCCUCCUACCAUGUCAAUCAAGUAAGACUUCUAAUUUUGAUGCUCCUUGCUGUCAAUCUGUCGCUGAUGUAAUAAUGUAAUGCUGACUUUGAAAGGUGGCUAGAAUAACUUCUGUGUCCAUCAAAUACAAAAUAUAAAAAGUUUAUUUAAAAAAAAGUUUUUUCUCUAUAUUUGAAGUCAGAGACAUAAAGACAAAUAACCACCUCUCUGUUUCAAGAGUUAUCUAUAUUGUGGAUUUAUCAGGUUGAUUAGCCAAAACUUCAAGUCUUUUAUACAAUACAAAUAUUUUUUUCAAUUGCAACAUCUUUGGUGGUCUUGCUUGUUCAUCCAAUUACAGUGUUAAAACAUUUUGUGCCUGUAGCUAUGAGCAAAACCAAACAAAAAGUUGAGGAUAUUGACUUUUCUUUUUUCUGAAUUCUAGAAGGAGCUUUUCGAUUGUUCUCAGAACUGGGAUAUUUUGGUCAAUGCAUUAGUGAUGUCAAAUCCUGAUACUCAAAGCUAUUAAAAAAAGCCUUGGGCUGCAGUCACUGUUUGUUUUUUCUCUGAGUCAGAGGUUUUAAUCAUGAGACACAUUCGCUUCUGUCUUCUCCAUGUCCCUUUACAACCUCGUUCUUCUCUGGUUUGGUGGCUGCUAUAAUGCUGCCAUGAAAAAUGCCAAUUUGCUAUCGCUUGAGUCUGUGUCUGGUAUUUCCCUCUGAGGGAUCAACAGAUCUGUUCUGCAUAUACUUACAGCUGGGUGUCACAGACAGAGGCGAUGAAGUUUUACUGCUGUGUGCAUGUAGAUAAACUUGUUUCGAUGAGGGAAAAUAAAGCGACAGAAUUCAUAGAAGAAAGGAUUGAACAAGAGGAGAAAGAGAGAUCAGAAGCUCUUUUUAAGGUGUGUUAUGUAAAGAAACAGACGUCUGCAGAUGGCAGACAUAUUCAUGGAAUGGAAAUGCAACAGUACAUAAAUACACAGUAACAGUACACUUGGGAAAAACAAAUUCUGAAAGAGGACAAAUCUCUCUCUGUAUCUCCAUCUAUUUCUAAUCCUCCCCAACCCAGUGGCGGCAGGUAGCUCUCUACCAUGAAUCCAGUUCUGCUCAAGUUUUCUGCCUGUUAAAGGGAAGUUUUUCUUUGCCGCGGUGACUUGCUUGACAUCUUGCUAACAUCAAACAAUGAGUUAGGUCUAGACCUGAUCUUUUGGAAAGCCUCUUGGGAUAACGACUAUUGUGAUUUGGCGCUAAUGAAAAAAACAUUUGAUUGAUUGAAGAAAACAAGUCACAGAGAGGCCAAGGCAACUAUUAGUCACAUCAGAGAGAAAAGACUAGUUCUGUUCUAGGAGUAGGUGGAAUAAUCCAAGACAUGAGUGUUAGCAACGUAUUUGAUCGAGUGGCUUUAUAACUGUGGUGCUGUAUGGUGGUUGGAGUGGAAGCAGGGUUAAAAGCUCAUUGGGGGUCAUCAGGUGGACGCUCGCCUUCUUCAGCGUUUCACCUCCUGUGGGUUCAUGUGCAGCCCCCAGUGUCCCAGGUGUGCCGCCCCUCUGCUUUCAACCCUUCUGUGUUUCUUGCUGUCAGUAUAGAUCAGGUUUUGAGAGCAUCCUUUGAUAUUGUGUUACUUCAGGGGCCCAGGGUUUGUCUCACCUCUUCACCCAAAGCCUGUUCUGGUGUACCUAAGAGGGCUUUGAUGGUUUGUUGUUGGGUUUGACCUCGAAUUCCCAAGUCCUUAAGCAGUCUGAUGGUUGACUUGCCUAAUGAUGUUAAAUUGUGCAGGCAUUCAAACCCUGUGACUAAUAAGUCGUUGAACUUCCUCAGCUGGUAUUUAUUGUAUUGCACAGGAAAACACAGACAUUUCUGCCUGGUUUAUGCCAUAGAUUUAUGCCAAUCCAUGAUAACAAAGUGGGGCGAAGAACAUCCUGUGAUUUAGAGCAGGAAAAUAAUUGCCAAGAAGCCAAAAUAGUUGAUAAAGGAUGAAGACAGGCAGAGGGAAGGGAACUAAAGUGGGUCAAAAGUUCUCCAAACAGCAGUAGAGGAACCUUCGUGCAUGGGCUUGACAUGAAAAGAAACUUUAGUUUUGCUUUUUUUUCCAGUUUGAACUACCCACAGUAAAAUGAGCUCCAUAAUAACUGGCUUUUAACUCUUGGUAAACUCUUAAUUAGUAAAGAUUGGGGAGUCCCUUCUCAUUCCUGCUCAAAACAAAACAUGGUUCAGUGCAUCCUGUGUGAGCGAGAGGAGUGAUCUUACCACAGUCAUCAUCAUCUGGAAAAAUUAAUGUUAUUCCAAAGAAAAUUCUGCACUGUGUCAAAACUUUUCUGUUUCUCUUCGCACUAAUUCAAGAAAACAUCAGACAGAUUAGUAAUCACACUUCUCUCACCCAUCAGCUGUUUUACUCCACACUGCAGUUUGUGAUGUGGUAUAUUUCUUGGUUAGUGAUCAUCAGCUGUACACUACUCUCCACAAUGGGUCAUUAGAAACAAUUAGUCCACUAUAAAGGUUAAAACAAUACUCAUCCAGCACUUGGACAGGAUAUGAAUUUCUCACAAAAUAAUCAGCACCAACGGCACAAUCAUAUGAGAUACAGGAAAAAUAAUUCAGUUUGGAGUUCAUGAGUUAGCCUCAACAGAUGAGUUUCAAUCUGUAGACUUGUAAGAUAUCCCUCCCUCUAAAAACUAAGCCUGAUAUUGCCUUAGAACAAGUUUUCAUUCAUAUCCAUUGGUAGUGAUUUUAUAAAAGUACAGUUUUUGUUCAGAAAUCUGAUUCAGAUUUCAUGUCUUGCUAUUAUUUAAUAAUACAUAUUUAUCGUGUAUCACAGGGUUAAAAUUUCUGAAUGGAUCAUUGUGUAAGGGCUUUAGUGAUUGUAUGGAUUGGCUCAGGGUGAUGCGGUCAGCCCAAAGCAGUUUAAUAUUUAUAGAGCUGUUUAUUUUCAGGACACCCAAAAGCGCAACAUCCCUAUCUGCAUGUGACCACAAUUUUACACUUAUUCUCUUUUUCAAGCUAAAACGUUUUUCAUAUCUGACCAUCAAACAACCAAUUUGAAUCCCAAAUUUGUUCCUCUCCAUAAAUGUUGGGUCUGUUUUGUGACGCCUCUUGCAUGCUAAAAUGUGAUUUUCCCCUCAAGAUUGCUGUACACCAUGGGUACCCUGCUGGUGGCUUUCUCAGCCUCAGGUAAAAACCUUUUUUUUUUGUCUAAUCCAAGCCUGUAUUGUCUGAACAAAUACCGCAGAGAAGUAAGAUGCUCAUUUACCCCCUUGUUUUUGUUUCCUCCCCUCAGCCUUGUCCAACUUGCUUUUCCCGGCUCUCUCUCUUCUGUCAGUUGGCGGCAUGUUGUUUCUCAUCACUAACAUGCAGGUACCGAAGCAGUCCAAUCUUGUCCGAUUACAUUAAUUUGCAAAUUAUUCCAUGAUUAUUCGAUUUACCGCUCAAUAUAUUCUGUACCACUCUAUGAAAAAUGUGUCUUUUAGUCUUUUCAAUGCCUCUUCUGAUCAGAAACUCACAAAACGAUUCAGAAAAAAGGGUGAUGAGCUCAACACUGUGAUAUCUGAUGGGUGGUUACUAAUUUAAACUGGAAUUCAUAUUUAACAGUUUCAGAUUGGUCGAGAAUAGUGUCUUAUUGAGAUUGGCAAGUUUUCUUUGAAUGAAAAUCAAGCGAGAAAAUGAAAGUUUAUGCAGAUAAAGAGCAUUGGUUCAGGUCUGAUAGGGCCAUUAUACACACUUCACACAAACCAAAGACAGAGCGUAGGCCUCAGUGUUUGCUUUACUGCUCGUCUUUUCUCACACAAGGCUCAUGAUCUUGUUGAUAAAAAGCACAAUGAAAGCUUCCUGGUGAGAUUAGUAACAUCUUAGUGGUGUAUCUGUGAGGGCGAAACCACAUGCACACAUUUUAACAGGCGGGUAAAUCAGCAAUAACACAAUUUGCCUUGAAUGACACUGAGGUGGAAGCAAUAUAUCAAGGGUGUUAUGUGUUUGUUCGAAGGUUGGAAACUUAUUUGGGUCACAUCGCUCCACCAUCAUCACCCUCUACAACGGCGCCUUCGACUCCUCCUCAGCACUCUUCCUCGUCAUCAAGGUAAGAAACAUUUACAAUCAGCUCCCACGAACAAAACUUUGACCGUCUCAUGCCCACACUCUUCUUUUUUCACUCAUGCAGCUGUUGCACGAGGUGGGGGUCUCCAUCCAAGCGAGCUUCCUCUUUCUGGCUGCCUGUGGGGUCAUUCACCUGUUCAGGACUUUCUUCCUGCUGCCCAGAAAGUUCUUCCCCUAUCCGCUCCCUGAUCACUAUACAUAUGGGUACAACAUCGCCUUUUACACACACACGCACCAGGGAUUCAUCAGCAGCAUCUCAUAAGUGUUGUAACGCUCUCAUUUAGAUUUAAAGCAUGCAUACACUUAACUAUAUUAGCUACAGAUAAUCAAAAAAAUAACAUCAAGUUAAAUUUCAAACAAACACAACUUUAAGAGCAUUUUUUGUUUCUUUUUGGGCUUAUGUGACAGACGAGUGGGUAGAGUAACAGGGCCCAAGGUUCUGUUUCAAGGCACGAUAAAAAUGCAAAGUCAGAUUGUUGUCAAAAUUUAAAGAAACCGUUUUAUUGAAUUAUGAGGUGCAAUGCAACCUGCUAUAUCUGUGUUUCUCUCUGCACCUUGUUAGAAGUGAACACACCUUGCAUUUCAAAGUUAACAGCAUUAAACAGUGCUCUCUUGAACAAGAAAGUAAAAACUAUUAAAACGACUGGAGAUCUACUUUGAGUCAUCAAACAAUUUAAACUAAUCGACCUACCUCAAGAGUUUUUUCUGAAUAAACAUCAAUGAAAAAUCAGAAAUAACACUUUUUCUAAAACCUAAAUCCUUUUUUUAGAUUUUGAUCAGUUCUCAAAACUUUAUGAAUCAAUGCCUCUUAUAAUACCAAUAUGCUUUGUACCUUGUACCAGCAUUGUUUUUUUUUUUACUCUCCCAGCACUCUCAUGGACCCUCUCAGUUUAUUUAUGACUUUUAAAGGCUGCUAUCAACAGACAUGGACAAAAAAUCCCUCCGGCACAUCAGCUGACCAAUAAACCAAUAAACACUAAACACACCAAAGAGCUGCUCGACUGUGUAUCAUAACUGUCAGCUUGUGCAGACUUUAGUUUGACAUUAAACACCAACAUUAAACGAUAUCAUUCAGUAGAAAGCUCUCAUUUUCUGUUCUGACAAUAAACUACUAUUCAGUUCUUCGGUAUCAACACUGCAGCUAAUUCAUAAUGCUCUACAUCAGCAGCAGAUAUCUUGGUCUUUGAGAAAGUUUCCUCAGUGUUUACACCCUCCUCUGUGUGUGAGGUGAAGCAUUGUGAUUGUCCUGAGCUCAGUCAGGUCAGACUCUGUCUGAACCGUUUGAACUCUGUCUAAAUUGGAGAUAGACUACACUCCAUCUGCCCCAGCAAAAACAAACAGGAGAGCUUCCAUUUAGGCUAUUUUUAACUUUUAUAUCAUGUGGUGUAUUUUUGAUUGGUUGGUGCUUGAAAUUCAACAGUUAGCAAAAAACUCUUAACCCUACUGUGGCCUUUGACCUUUUUCAGGAUAACUUGUGGAGAGUCAAGUUCCAUAGCCAACGGUAACAUGCGGCACACUGUUGAGGAAACGCCAACCAGUAAGGAUGUAAAUAUGAAACAAGGUGUGCCAAGAUGAAUAAUCUCAAAGUAAAACAGAAUAAAGUUCUUUUGUUUUAUUUCUUUACUCACUUCUGGGGUUUGUCUCAUCUUCUGUCUCAGAGAAGAGUUUCCGUGAAUGUUUCCUGUCCAGAUUCUUUUGGUUGCACUUGCUUUGGCUGUCGGUGAUGCAGCUCAGACACUACCUCUUCAUUGGCACCUUAAACCCCAUGCUGCAGCGGCUUACCGCGGGAGAACCAUCACUCGGUGAGUAACACAUACACUGCAUCAGAACGCCAGUCUUUAGAGUUUAAAGGGUUUUAUAUUGAAUUAUUCUGUAAUAUAUAACUGAUGUGUGUCUCUUUUAUUUCCCUGCAGUGAGCCAGUACAUCAAUGCUUUCGCUAUAACGCAGAUGUGCGGCGUGCUGUGUGCUCCUUGGAACGGCCUCAUCAUGGACAGACACAAGGGAAAGCCUCUUGCUGCAGGUAGAAUAUAAAACCCUGACAGUGACAGUGAGUGUGAGCCCUAAUAUGUCUCUUCAGUCUUUACUGUCUUCACCUCGAAACUCCACUCGAGUUCCUGCAACAUUAUCCACAAAACAAUCGUGUCACUGUAUUAGUGACCACAAGUGGGUCAACCAUGUCUAGCAGCUUUCCCUUUCUACAGGCAUGCUAAAUUUUUGAAUGAUACUGGUCCCGAGGUAAAAAGGUUUGCAUGUGAGUAAAUACUGACUUGUAUAUGACUGUGUAGGUUAUUUUCAAACCACAAUGUGGCGCCCUCCAGCAACUUUAUCUUUGUGUGAAUGGUUUCUUUUUUUUUUUUUUUUGAUUUAGUGCUGAAGCUCAUCCUUUUAUUAGUCUUAAAAAAUUCCUCCAUAAAAGUCUCUUCAGUAUUCUCAACAAAGACCUACUGUUGUCACAUUACACAGUGACACAUUUUUAAGCACGUAAUUGGCUACUGAAAAUAUUUAUCAUGCUUUAUCAGUGACUUUUGGCUGCUGCACAUCCCCUCGCAGAAAUUUACAAAACACAGUGAGACUGAGGUGAACGAGGAUUCCUCUGGUUCUGUUUUCUGCACCACACAACACCACACCUACAGACUAACUAAACAUAUCCUUUUAUUAAAAGAACUUCAGAUGGUUUCUUUCUUCUUUUCAUUUUUUAUUGGGGAAUAUUUGUGAUAUGAACUAAAGAGAUUUAACAUAUCAGGUAAAAGAAUUAAAUCUAAACUUGAGUGAAUCCAAAUAAUUCCUUCAACCAAAAGUGAUAUAGUAUCCAGAUUCUUUCUCUGUGGAUCAGUACCAACAUUAAAACCUGAAUUUUGUCCUGGUUGAACUCUAGACAGCUUUUUACCAUCCUUGACUUUAUAUCUAAAAUACAUCUUAAAGGGUAUCAGUUGGCCCCGGGUCAUCAGGAGACAUGGCAAUUCAGAGCUGUGUGUCGUCUGCAUAGUUAUGGAAGUUGAUGCUGUGCCUCAUGAUAACUUUUCCAGGUGGUAACAUACAAAGGUCAAAAGGCAUAGGACCUAAAAUUCGACCCCUUGGAGAUACCAUGAAUGAUUUUACAAUGUUUAGAUGAGAUUUCACUUUUGUUGUAUUGCUGUUGUAAGUGAACCACAGUGAAAUACACUGCAGCUUUUCUUUAGAGUCAAAGCCUCUGCAGUAAUCUGUCCUCUCUGUGCAGACGAAUCAUUCAACUCAGAUGACGGAUCUAUGUGUGUUUUCACGUGUGUUUUUAGGGGAGAGUGAGGGGGAGGCCGACCUGCGCGCCACGGUGCUUUCUCUCUUUCUGACGGCCCUCCAGUGUCUGUUGUUUUCCGUCUGUGCCACCACCCCAUACCUGCCGCUUCAGUACGUCACCUUCAUCCUACAGGUGCUCAACCGCUCCUUCCUCUAUGGAGGCAACGCAGCCUUCAUCAGUGUGGCGUGAGUACACACACACACACACACACACACACACACACACACACACACACACACACACACACACACACACGUGUACACAGCUCUCUAUGAACAACUUUUCUACGUCAUUCACAAAAGGCAGCACAAGGAAACAUUUGUAAAUAAACUUGUGAUUUACAUACUUAGAUUACAGUCAGACCUUCAUACAAACAAUAAACAUUAGGUUGUCACGGUAAUAUAUAAGUGAACAUCCAAUACUGCUUUAUUUCAAGCUCAUUUUAUCCAUUUCCUGCAUAGUUAGACAAUCACAAGGAUUCCCUGUGGACGUAAACACCUCUGUAAACACAUUAAUUUGUUGAAGGUUGUGAAUAUACGUUUCAAGAUAAUACAAACAUACCAACAAAGAGUUUCCUGCAGGAUGAAAAAUUGAUUUAAAUUUUCUUAAUAUUUAAAUGAGAUCAGGCAAACAUCACAGUAUGGGUGUUUACACCAGUGAGUAAGCAAAAACAGCUGUGACAUUGGUUAAAAUCUGUUUUCUUGUAUGUUUUUAAUUGAGUAGACAGUAAUUGUUCUGUGAUUUAAUUGCCAACGCUUCAGACGCUUCAGAUUUCUGGUCUUCAUAUUUACUCAGAUUCUCUGACAGUAGAACAACAGCUGUCCUUGUAGAAAAAUGUGGAUUUGAUUUUAAUCACAGUUCUUUUCAGAAAGUUACCUUUUACAGACAUUAACAGCGGCAUGAAAAUGCUCUUAGGUCACUCUAAAUUGAUUUGUAUCGAUUUACAACAGAAGUAAGAUUAAUUUUUCUCCACAGAUGAGCUAUUUACUGUGAUACAUUCAUACUGAAGUAAUCGUUUGUAAAAUACAAACCCAUGAUCCAUCCUUUAUGAAUUCAUGCACUAAAUAACAAUGACAAGCAUUGGUUUAGAAUUUCUUGAAUAUCUAAUUUGUACCCUUAUUGUAAAACGUCAUCUUAAAGUUACUUUGUUAGAAAGCCAUGUCUUUAUGCUUAAAUGUGUCCCCCUCUCUUAUACCUUGUGUGUGUGUGUGUGUGUGUGUGUGUGUGUGUGUGUGUGUGUGUGUGUGUGUGUGUGUGUGUGUGUGUGUGUGUAGUUUCCCUUCAUGCCACUUUGGGAAGCUGUACGGUCUGGUUAUGGCUUUGUCUGCAGUGUUUUCUGUGCUGCAGUAUCCGUGCUUUGCUCUGGUGAAAGGAGCUCUGGGUGGAGAUCCUUUAUAUGUGAGUACAUGAAGAAUAAAACUACACCUGCUGUCUCUUCGCUCCUCCAGUAAACACUUCUAUCUUUGAACUCUCCUCUUGUGUGUCUGCAGGUGAACAUCGGCCUGACACUGCUGAGCCUGCUCGCCUUCAUCCAUCCCCUUUCUGUCUACCUGCACUGUCGCAGUCUGGCCACCCAGCGAGCCAAGAACAAAGUCAUUAACUGAAGUCCCUCAUUGACACAAGAGCAACAACUCACACUCAAAACUCACCUGUAGCACUGUUACCUCCUCAGUUUGUUUGAUUUGGCCUGAUGACAGUGUUGUGUUGCCAAAUGUAUCCCUGUGAAAUCUAGGUUUUGGGUAUGUUUGCAGCGCCUGCACACCUCUGGAGGCUGUUUAAGAAACUGAAUGGGCCCAUAGGAAUAAAGAAGAGCUGCCAUUUACUCUCUAAUGAGAUUUCCAGGAUUCAUAUUUCUAUUUACAUAAGUGAUGUGAGAAUGAGAAACAGCUGUUGCUCCUCGGAUUUCUUAAGGUGCUGUUAAACCUACCUGACACAACAGUCAGCUUUGUCUGUGUUGUAUACAGUUCCAUCUACCUGCUAUUACUCUGUUUUUAAUUUCUGUUUCUUUGUUUUAUGCAGAAUUAUAAUUUCACAUUUGUAUUCAUUUUGUUUUUUUUAUAUUCUGUAUAUCACUCACCAACACGAUUAAACCAUAGUUAUGGUGGCGCACAAGUGUAUAUAGAUAAUGCACUUUACUGUGAAGAGGCGUUCAGACCAAAAGUGAAGCAAAUGUUUAAUGUGAAGUUCUCACCAGGUAAAGUGCAGGCAGCCCAUGCAGUAAUACAAUACCUCACAAUGUGUUGCAGAAAGCCCUUUUUUUUCACAAAUUUGCAACAUGAUCUAAUUGAUUUUGCAUUCUUCACCUGAAAAGUCAAUCAUCUUAAAAUUGUGUUUAUUUAGGUUUCAGUUGCAGGUGAAGUAGGGAUGAAACAAACGCUGGCAGUUUGUUUCAAUCAAUGAAAUCUUGUCGCUGGACAUGAAACUGAGCGAAGGUCAGUCUUUGGUCAUCAGAAAGAGUGAAUGGUGAAGUUAAUUUGGGUUCAUGUCACACUGGUGUUUGACUCGCCGUCACUUUGGUUGUACAGUUGUUCCCAGAUCAAACUGGAGAUGAGGGGGAAAAGUCAAUAUUUCCUUCAUUUUUGGCUGAACCCAACAUAUAAAGUUAUUAGAGAUUAUAUUCAUGUCUUAUUUUAUUUGUGGACCUCAAAUAUUUUAUUGAAUAUAAGACAAAUGAUGAUGACUGUGUGAGACAUUCAGAAGUCAUAAUGUAUAAUAUACUUCAAUGAUGCUUUACACACAAAGACGAGAGAUAUCCAAUUGUAAAUAGUCAAAUUACAUGUUUGUGCUUAUUUUUACUUAUCCACAUGAGCAUGCUACUAUGAACACUGAACAGAUGCAAAUUCAAAGCUUUUGAACACAUGAAAUGUAUUUUUUAAAAUGUAUACAUCACAACUGAAAUAAACAUCAAUAUCUAAUUUACAGUUC